AUGGCACAGUACUUGGGCAACCUGCCGUUCCGUGUCGAUGAUGUUCCUGAGAAUUGGAAAUCCCAAUCAAUCUAUGUCUUAUUCACCGGGUUCUUGAUUUACAAUGUCUUGCUGGGCAUAUACCGACUGACGCUACAUCCCCUUUCCAAUAUCCCGGGGCCUAAAUUAGCUGCAUUUACCUAUUGGUAUGAGAUCUAUUAUGAGGUUUUCCUCGGGGGCAAGUACUUCCAUCAGAUUCUGGAAAUGCACCAGCAAUACGGCCCUAUUGUGCGCAUCAACCCAAAUGAAAUUCAUUUCAACGACCCAGACUUCAUCGACAGUAUAUACGCUGGGCCUGCAAGAAAAACCACCAAACCACUGUUUGUGGGGAGAAGAACUGGAACACCAAACUCCAUCAUCGCCACUGUGGACCAUGACCUCCACCGUGUCCGCCGCAACAGUAUCAACAGCUUUUUCUCUGUGGCAUCUAUCGGCCGACUCGAGCCUAUCAUAGUUGAAAAGACCGAAGCACUUCUCGAACGUCUCAAGCCCACAAGUGGCUCCUCAGAAGAAGGCCGCAAAGGCAAGAUCCUUCAAAUGCAUCACGUUUUCAAAGCAUAUGCGAGCGACGUGAUUACAACGUAUGCAUUCGGCGACAGUUUUCAUUUUAUGGAUGAAAAGGAUUACGGCAAUGACUAUUUUGGGUCCACGGACAAGUACUUUUCACUGACGCAUGUUUUUGGCCAUUUUCCCGUGGUGAUGAGACUCAUCAAUGCCUGCCCGGCGUGGAUCUUGGGAAUCUUCAUUCCUAAUCUGAAAGUUAUGGCAGAGAAGCAGAUGUGGUGGCUGAACCGUGUUCGCACAAUCCGAGCAUCACCCAACCCCGAUGAAAUUAAGAGUACAAUCUUCGAAGGAAUCCUAGCCAGUUCUCUUCCCCCUGAGGAGAAGACCGAUGUACGAAUGGCGCACGACGCGCAAUUAGUCGGUCUUGCCGGUGAAGGAACUACCGCCUACACUCUUACAGCCGCCAUUUACGAGCUUCUCGCACACCCCGAAGAACUUAAGAAAGUCAAAGAUGAACUGGCUGCGGCUAUCCCCAAGAAAGGCGUAGUCCCCACAUACUCCGACGUGUCGACACUUCCCUACUUCAACGCGAUGAUCCAGGAGAUCCUCCGCCUGCACCCAGGUGUCUUAUCGCGCAUGCAGCGCAUAUCCCCAAUAGAACCUAUUGUCUACAAAGACAAGGUUCGCGGCCAAACCUACGUUCUUCCGCCUGGAACCUGUACGUCAAUGUCCGUGUCCAUCGCGCACAUGAACCCCGAUGUCUUCGAAGAUCCCACCGUCUUCCGACCGCAGCGCUGGCUUGAUAAUCCCAAAUUGAUCCGUGGGUUUAUUGGGUUUUCGCGCGGAACAAGGAACUGCGUCGGGAUGAACCUUGCACGACGGGAGAUGGGGAUUGUGCUGGCGACGAUAUUAAAUACGUAUGAACUUUAUCAGGGACAGGAGGGAAGAACUCUGGAGUUGUAUGAGACGGUGAGGGAGAGGGAUAUUGACGCUAGUAGUGAGAUGAUUGUGCCAUUCCCAGCUAAGGGAAGUUACGGGUUGAGGGUUAGAGUUAGAUAUUAG